CUCUCUCUCUCUCUCUCUCUCUCACUCUCUCUCGCACUCAGCCUCUCACUCCGUCCCUCUUCCGCGGCGAGAACGGACCUGCACCUCCACCUCUCGCCCACUGACUCGCGCUGCCUCACUAUCACCACCACCACCACCACGACCACCACCACCACCACCACCACCAGCGCCGCCGAAGUGGGAAUCGAACGAGUGGUGUGCUCACUGAUCCCUGGACCAGCGCAGCGCCAAGGUCUCCGCGGGGACUUGGAGGGAAAGCCUUGGGACUCAAGCCUCGGUUUGCAGGGACACCAGGAGGCCGCAGAGGAAGAGGAGAAGGAAUAGAGAAAAAGAGAGUGGGAGAAAAGUGAGAAAAAAGAGGGAAAAGGGAAGAAAAGGAGGGUGAUUUUUUUGCUUAGUCUCUAGUGUUUUGGUAUCGUGCUUGAGACGGGAGGAGGAAUGCAUGACUGACACGUGUUACUGUGAAGCGCCCCUCCCUCCCUCUCUCCCUCACGCUCCUCUCCCUCCUCUCCCUCUCCCAACCGUCCCUUCCUCCCCCCGGCGUGGAUUGAGUGGUGCCACGGUGGGCUCGCCGUGAGGGUGGCUUCAAUCCACUCUUAAACACGUGCGGCGCGAGGCAAGUUCCCACCGAUACCACGAAGAGGACAAGGAGGAGGAGGCAGGAGAACACGUCAGCAGGGCGCCUCACCUCCCACACGCCCUCUGCACCAAGCGUCGUCAGUGGGCAGCCGUGCAGUCGUUUCCAAUUGGACAAACAGGACCCUCAAGGCUAUAAAUAAAAGGGUUACCUCGCUGUUACCUCGCACCGCUUCGCCACGUCUGCCGCUGCCCGCACCCGCCGCCCGUGGGAGCCCUCGUCAAACUCUCGCCUCUGAGGGGUCGACACGCCCCUAACACGGAUAUUAUGCUGAUCUACGGAGCCGCUAGUGACCUGUCUUGGCUCCAACACCCCAGCACCGUCAUUGCCUACCACGAGAAGCUGGCGGGAGAAGUCACCACAGUCACCACAGAAGCUCAUCUACACUACCAGCAUCCACAGGUGGAGGGCGAGGGCGGGUCGUCUGCCUCGUCGCUCUCUCCGCCCGUGGGAGCAGGCGGCCCGCUGACGGACGCCCACCAGGAGCCCUGCGGAGGCGCCCUUGAGGAGGAGGCCCCCACGCGCACCUACACCGAGGAGGAGCUGAGCCUGCUGGCCGAGGAGGGACUGCCCGAGAUGGAGACCAUUGAGCUGGAGGUGACCAAAGACCACCAGGGCCUCGGCAUCACUAUUGCUGGAUACGUAUGUGAGAAAGAAGAGCUCUCAGGCAUCUUCGUUAAGUCUAUCAACGCUGGCAGUGCUGCGGACAGGAAUGGACAGAUCCAAGUCAACGAUCAGAUUGUCGAGGUGGACGGCAGGAGCUUGGCAGGCCUGAGUAACCAUGCCGCGGUGGACGUUCUUCGCGCCACGGGUCAGAUCGUGCACCUCCGCCUGGCCCGCUACCUGAGAGGGCCCAAGUACGAGCAGCUGCAGCAGGCCAUAGCCAACUCGGAGCUCAAGACAACACCCACGACCCCCAACCCACCGAGAGCACCCGUGGGCAGAGGCAGCCUGAAGCACAGGUCCCGCGGCUCCCUGCGAACUGCCGUCACCCGCCAGGCCAAUAUCGGAGGCGCCCAACGGCCGACCAGCCUUGUUCCUGUCCUUGUCGCUCCUCCUCCUGGCGGCGGCGGUGGUGGUGGUGGUGUCGCCCAGCACAGCGUAAACCAAGUGAGCCGCAGCGACUCCUGUACACCCCCACAGCCGGAGCCUCGCCGCCCCCGCCCGCAGCGACCCUCUCGUCUUGGAGAUCUUCCGAGCAGCGAGGCGAUCUGCUCCGCCCUCGGAGAACUGGAGAGGGGCGAAGAGGAGUCGGUCCUGGAGGCCAUCAACCCAGCACUCUCCCCACCUACCUCCUCAUCAACAAUCAUUGCCGAUGUGCCUACCUUCCCCUCCAUCUCCAGCCAGCCCUUGCAGUCUGCCGGGCUGCCCGCUGGUAUCGCUUCCUCCUACGCGACCACCACCAAUGUGCCUCAGCUAUCAUCCGCCAUCCCUCAACUCUCAUCUGAUGUCCCUCCAUUGUCCUCCGGCAUUAGUUCCGAUGUUCGCCUUGAAGACAUUGAGUUGAUGAUUGAUACCAACUACUCGGGGGAUCUUCGGCCCUCCGUCGAGAGUGCCAUCCAGCGCAAGUGGUCAAGAAUCGUCGGGCCAGAGUUUGAUAUCGUGGUUGCUCAGCUCAGUAAGUUUGAGGAGGGUGGGGGUCUGGGCAUCAGCCUUGAGGGAACCGUGGACGUGGAAGGGGGCCGGGAGGUGCGCCCCCAUCACUACAUCCGCUCCAUCCUCCCUGACGGACCCGUGGGCAAGAACAACCGCCUUUGCAGUGGUGAUGAGCUGCUGGAGGUGAACGGCCAGAAGCUGCUGGGGCUGAACCAUGUGGAGGUGGUGGGCAUCCUGAAGGAGCUGCCCCGCUACGUGCGCCUCGUGUGUGGCCGCCGUGCCCCCGGAGCCCCACCGCCCCUGCACCCCAUCGACGCCCCCACAGCUGACAGGGACACCUUUGCUGCACGGAACAUCCUGGGUGGAUCCCUUCAGAACCUCAUUCCUGGUUCAGAACGAUUGGUGAAGGCCAAAUCCGAUGGCUCGCUGGCUUCCUCAGCAACUGCAGCCACCAAUGACAACUCCUUCAACAGGAUGAAGAGCCGCAGCCUGGAGCCCCUUACUGGCCUGGCCAUGUGGAGCUCUGAGUGCCAAGUGAUUGAGCUCACCAAGGGUGAUAGAGGCCUGGGCUUCUCCAUUCUGGACUAUCAGGACCCAUUGAACCCCCAGGAGACUGUCAUUGUGAUCCGCUCACUGGUGCCGGGAGGCGUGGCUGAAAAGGACGGUCGGCUCAUCCCCGGGGACCGCCUGGUGGCCGUCAAUGGCACCAACCUGGAAAAUGCAACUCUGGAUCAAGCAGUGGCAGCCCUCAAGGGAGCCCCCAAGGGAACUGUGUCUAUUGCCGUCGCCAAGCCCAUCAGUGUGUUGGAGUCGACUGGCCAGAUUCGGUCUCCUGACUCAGAUGAUCCUACCGGCGUUGCACAUCCUCGAAGGAGUCUGCUGGACGCCAUUCUCGGGGAGCUGGGAACACCCCGGGACACGGACAGUCAGCUGCUGGAUCGCUCCCUCGAGGACGACCAGGACCUCAACAGGGACGAGGCCAGCGAGGACGACCUUCCAGAUUACGACAAUGACCUCGACGAUUUCUCCGAGGACCAGAUGUACAGCGGCCACCGGCAUUCCGGGUCCGUUUUGUCGAGCGAGUCGGAAGUGCCACCCCUGCCCCUCACCUCGCCCCCUCACACCCCCGCCUUCCCCACUGACGAGGAGGAGGAAAUUACGGAGUACGAUAAUGAGGACUCCUCACAGGAACUGCUGAGGUGUGGCGGGCCAGAGGGGGAGGAGGAGGUGGAGGAGGGAGAUACCUUAGUCUCCCGCGAACCUCCCAACCUCACCCUCAACCUAGCGUCGCCCCCCAACCUGUUACCCCCGGACACCCACGAGCCAGGGGAGGUGGUGUCCCCUAUCAACGUGUAUAAGGCCUCUGUGUUAAUGGUGCCGGUCGCCACGGAGAGACUGAUUGGCAGCGGCUCGUCUACAGCCCUGACCCCCGCAGCCUCCAGCACCCCCCUCGCCUCCGCCCACGCCGCCCACUACCACGCCACGCAAGGCUCAGGGGAGGAGGAAGGAGGAAGCCCCCAGUCCUCGCCCCUACUCCCCCGCUGGGUCGCUCAUCCCCCUGUCCUGCCCCGGGAACUGGAGCGGGCCAUCAAGAUCAAAAAGGGCGCCGACCAGCUGGGAAUCAACAUCGAGGUGGUGGACCAGGGAGUGAACGGUGUGGUCAUCUCCUCGCUGGUGAGAAAUGGCGCUGUGCAUAAGGACGGGCGCCUGCAUGCCGGGGACUUGAUCCUGAGUGUCAACAAUGAGUCUAUGAGGAACAUCACCAAUUCUCAGGCCCGCGCCAUCCUCCGCCGCACCCAGCUAGUGAGCACGGACGUGAGCAUCCUCUACAUCAGAGGACAGGACGCUGCUCAGUACAGGGAAGCCUCUCUGCUGCACUACCGUGACGGACAGCAGCAGCAGCAACAGCAGCAGCAGCAGCAGGCAUUACAGCAGGGCCAGCAGACGCAGCCACAGACCAGCCCAAGGAUCUUCCCCAAGUACUACAGGUCUCCAUACGUGCCCCGAGGGGAGAGCUCCGAGGACGAGGGUGGUGCUGAGGUAGGUACUGACCUGACCCGCUCCAUCACCGCUCCUUCCUUCAUCACCCGGGAUCUGAGGUCACGUGAUCCAAGUCACGACGACCUCAUUGGAUCGUCCGGCAGUCUUCAGCAGGGGCAGCAGACAGAGACCAGGGCGGAGGGGCGCUCAGUGAUCAACAUCAAGCACGCCCUCAGUGAGACCUUCGUUGAAUCCCUGACCGAGGAGUCGAACAUUUCAUCAGUGCACAUCGGCGGCGAGAAGGACAGGAACCUCGAGGACGGAGAGGAGGGGCCCUUCACCAUCACCUUCAAGAACGUCUCAGCGGCUCCGGCAGACUUCAGCGCCAGGGUUGGACAGGAACCCGAGGCUGAGGACCACGAGGUUCUUGGGGUGCUGCAGGACGACGGUGUAAGUUCUGGGAGGCCUCCUGGAGGGGAUCUUUAUACUUAUACUAACCCGGAAAGUUUUACUAACAUACACUUACUAACUGGGACCACUGACUCGUGCAUUAGCAGCGAGGAGUUUGUGAGCGGCCGCAGGGAGAGCUCUGAGAGGGGCUUCCCUUCAGUAGACAGCAGAGAGUUACCCAGCGGACACCUCCAACAACAGUCUUCUUUAAGAUUAGUUAGGUUUGCAGAAUCAAAGAGAAGGAGUGAGUACAGUGAAUCGUCGGACUCUAGUGCAGAGAGAAGUAGCUCUUUAUUUGUUGAGUGGGAUUCCGACAGACAUUCUGUUAGUGACGUUUUAUCAGACGACUUAAAUCCGCCAAGUGCUAAGCUGGUGGUCGCUCACAUCACAGACGUUGAAAACAUAGUGCAGAGACGUUCCCUAGCAUCCUCCAGAUCCUUUGAAGAGUCUCCUCGUGCUGCAGUUCCGUGUUUCGAAAGACAGUACAGUGAGAUAAUCCCUGACUCUGUUUAUCUGACUCGAGAACACUUCAUCCCGUCUAAAGUAAGAGAACACAAUCAAAUCCAAGCAUCCCGCAGAGAAGCAGCAGUCCGGGACCCAAGUAAGGUUGUUGAGAGUGAAUCUAAUUACGUCGGUGUAAAUACUAGUCGAAUACCACCCGGGGAGGAGCUGCCUGCAACAAGACGAACGGUAGGGAGUGAAAAGCUGGUCAGUGAGAGGGGAGCCAGAUCACCCAUCAGCCCAGGGCCACCUCAUCCCGCCAGCACAAGUCCUUCCCCAGAGAGUAACCACCCGUCAGCGAUCACCACCACCACUACCACCACAAAAGCUGCCUCUUCCGUAUCUACCACAACUACAACCACUACUGCUACCACCACUACUACUGUUACUGCUCUCUCUCCUCCAGUUAAAUCAAGCAUGACUAUCACACAGGACGUCACUACCUCAGAGGCACGCUCCAACUCCUCCAGCCCCAUGCUGGAUGGGAAGCACUGGGGCCCAGAGCGCACAGUCGAGGUGCGUCGGGAUGACAAGAACUCGCUUGGCAUCUCCAUCGUGGGGGGGAAGGUGGAUCUCAGUUGGUCUGGAUCCUCCGUCACUGGAAUAUUCAUAAAAAAUGUGCUUCCUGACUCCCCAGCAGGCAAGGGUGGCCACCUGAAGACUGGUGACCGUAUCCUUGAGGUCGAGGGAAUUGAUCUGCGAGGAGCAACGCAUGAAAAAGCUGUGGAAGUCAUCAAGAAGACCGGGAACCCUGUCACUUUUGUGGUGCAGAGCCUGGUGCAAUGGACGCCAGGCAACUCUGCCCCCGGCUCACGCGAUGUGAGCCGCCUGGGCACCCGCUACCCCACCUCCAUCACCCCGGCCAGGACCCCCACUCCAGAGCUCAUCCAGGCCAGAACUCCACUCAGCGAGGUCAGCUCAGUGCAGCAGCUGCCAAGACCUGCUGGAAGACCCUACCCCCAGGAACCAAGAGCCCCUGUGGCAUCAACAAUACCGGAGACUUCCACCCCAAUCCACGAAUCGUGUCCAGAGCCCGUGAGAUUUGUGCCAGAGUCCCCUAUCCCUGAACCCGAGGAUCCUGACUCCCUGGUCAAUCCGUACUAUUACUACGCCCGUGCAGCAUUGGCUCACUGGCAUGUGCGAGCCCAGAGAACUAAGGAGAUUCAGCCGGUGGUUGAGGAUGACGGAGACAGUAGUGAUCAGGAAAACAGUACAAGCAGUAGUAGUGGUAGUACGGCAAGUCGGAGAAUAUUGCGAUUAAAACAUUUUUGUCCCCAUUACGGUGUCACAAGAACAAGACCAAAUGGGUCCAAAAUGGAUACCCCUCCCUCAGACACACCCCUCAUGGACACGCCUCCCUCUGAUGGUCCCGCUGUGGAGGAGUCAUUGCGCGAAGAGCCUCAAACACCUGACUUUCCCCGGGACAAGCCUCCACCCAGUGAAUCUUUCAUGAUGGAGCUGUCCUGUGAACCCAUACUAAUAGAAUGUGAAGAAAUUGAAACUGUAAGAACUUACCCGCAAACCAACGGAUUAGUCUAUGGUAGCUCUGUACAAAGUGAAUCGUUGCAAAGUAAUCCUGAGCUUGAUAUAAUACAGUGUAAAGAUAACGAUGUGGCUCUAGACAGUAACAUCAUACAGACCCAAAUUUUAUUAGAUGACCUCCCAGUACCUUCUUUAAACGAUCCGGAAGUAGAGGAGUACACGUACGACUGGAGAAAGGAUCCACACCUAUAUCAGGGUUGGUGGUGUGUGGGGGGGUCAGUCAGCGAACACUUGGCAGCCCAAGUCCCCACGCAGCCCGUCUCCCCUUACGACAGUCCUGCUCAUUCUCCCACCAAUACGCCCACCAUCGAGCAGCCUGGCCUGCCUGACAUCAAGAAGCAGGAGAUCCAGGCCAACCUAAAGAAGCCCCUGAACCGCCGCCAGACCACCGAGGACUCCGACAAUGACCUUGAUGACGUCCACUACCAGCAGGGUCGCAUUGAGACCAAGAAAGGCGUGGAGAUUGACCGAGCCAGUGCAGGAGCCUUGAGGAGAAGCAAAGCAGAGAAGGCCAGUGACACCGAGGAGGAAGACGAGUUUGGCUACACCACCAAAAAGAUUCAGAAGAAGUAUGCAGACCUCAAGGGUGAAGUGGUGGUGGUGGAGCUGCAGAAGGGCGCCAAUGGACUGGGCAUCUCCCUGGCGGGUAACAAGGACCGCACCCUCAUGUCCGCCUUCGUCUGCGGCCUCAACCCCAACGGGAACGCUUUCAAGGACGGCAAGAUCAAGGUCGGCGACGAGGUGCUCGAGGUGAACGGCAAUGUGAUCCACGGGCGAUGUCACCUGAACGCCUCCAGCAUCUUCAAGGGCAUUCCAGGGCCCAAAGUGAAGAUCAUCGUGCUCAGGAAGAAGACGGGCCUGCAGGAGAUGGCCAUCAAACCCAUCACGCAGUUCCCCGUCACGCUGGAGGAUGAGACACCGGAGGAGAAGUAUGCUCGCUUCAAAGGACUGACCAAUAUUGUCAUGAAGAAGGGCCAGACUGGGCUGGGCAUCAUGAUCAUUGAGGGCAAGCACGCAGAGUAUGGCAAUGGCAUCUUCAUCUCUGACCUUCAGGAGGGAUCUGUUGCUGCCACGGCGGGACUUCUAGUGGGAGACAUGAUCCUGUGUGUUAACAAGGAGGAGAUGGUGGGUGUUGACUACGACCAGGCCACCAACAUUCUCAAGAAGACCGAGGGUGUUAUCAACAUGUGGGUGGCGAAUGCAGCACGUGCAGCAGGAGCAAAGCCAGAUGUGCCUCCCAAACCUGCCAUCGCGCCGAAACCAUCACUGCCAACCAAACCUCCCUCCCUCACCGGGUUGCCUCCCCCCUCCCGCCUGUCCCCACCCCCAAUGGAUGACCCCACCCCUUCCCCUGCCCCUCCUCCCCGCCCCCUGCCCCUGGACCGUCUCCCUGGCCUGGGUGUGACAUCCAUGGCAUCAACCACGUCACCCUCCACAUCGCCAUCAUCACAAUCAUCACUGCCACCAACAGAAGAGAAGGAAAAGCCUCAGGGGUCAACUCCAGCAGCUCCACGCUCAUUAACACCCGUGGACCCGGCGACGGCAGAGAUCAGGCCUGGCAAGGAGACUACCAUUGAGAUCGUGAAGGAGAAGAUGGGGCUUGGGCUGUCCAUCGUAGGCGGCUCUGACACACUCCUGGGUGCUAUAAUCAUCCACGAGGUGUAUCCUGAUGGUGCAGCAGCCAAGGACGGCCGCCUCAAGCCUGGUGACCAAAUCCUCAACGUUAACAAUGAAAACUUCCGAGAGAUCACCCACCAGAAGGCUCUCAGCGUGCUGCGCCAGACGCCCUCCAAGGAAAAGGAAAAGGUGAAGAUGGUGGUGUACCGUGAGGAGGGAACACAGAAGGAGGAGGACCUGUAUGAUAUCAUCACCGUCCAGCUCACCAAGAAAUCUGGCAAGGGUCUUGGCCUCUCCAUAGUGGGCCGGAAGAACGGACCAGGAGUUUUCAUCUCAGACGUGGUGCCUGGUGGUGUAGCUGAGAGUGAUGGUCGUCUCAUGCAAGGUGACCAGAUUCUGGAGGUGAAUGACAAGGACCUCCGACAAGCAACACAAGAACAGGCAGCAGCAAUCCUCAAGUGUGCUCCAGGAUCAGUGUCCAUGAAGCUGGGUCGGCUAAAGGCAGGGAAGAAGGCCGGCGCUAAUAACAAUGCCAACAGCACGUGGCCAGUGACAAUAAGCGACAACUCUCCCGACGUGUCCACCAGCCCCUCUCCCGCCGAGCCUCCCAUCCCCAUACCCCGCACACACCUCCCCCCACACCUCCAGACCCACCACCCACUUCCACCACCACCACAGCCACAGCAUCCCCCGAAGGACCCUCAGGAGCCACUGGGCAUCAGGACAAUCUUGCUGGAAAGGCGUGAUGAUGGGCUUGGCUUCUCCAUCGUGGGUGGCUUUGGUUCCAACCUUGGGGACUUGCCCAUCUACGUUAAGAGUGUGUUUGAGCGUGGCGCAGCAGCCCGAGAAGGCUCCCUGCGCCGUGGCGACCAGAUCCUGGAGGUGAAUGGACAGUCCCUAGCUGGCCUGACUCAUGCAGAUGCGGUGGCCAUCCUGAAGGAGGCACGGGGCUCUGUCGCUCUCACCAUUCUGCCAUCCAAGUAAAGAUGAAGAAGCAGUGUGUGUGUGUAUGUGUGUGUGUGUGUUUGUGUGGGUAUGUGUGGGUAAGCAUGUGUGUAUGUGCCAGAGUGUGUGAGUGUGUGUGUGUGUGUGUGUGCCUGAGAAGUGUCCUCCAUCUGUCGCUGUUUUUCUUAUUUUGCUGUUUUGAUGUUUCUGGUUGUUGCAAGGAGGACAUUCUAUACACACACCACGCACUAGUUGUAAGGGUUUGGCGAGACAGGAUAAUCACGCCACCAUGUAAAUUAAGGCUCGCCCAUGAUCCCCACUAAGCCUGUUACCUUGUUUUUUGGGCCAAGAUGGUGCAGCCACUGAAAGACAGGCUUGCAGUACAUACCAAUCUGUUCCCAGCCUAGGCCAUAUCAUGAAGAUUCAUCCAUUGUAAAUGUUACCAGUUUAUUUGUGGUGUUCCCCUGCACCCUUCCCUCGCCUGAUGAUUGCAGCUCAUUUCCACAAAAAGCUUCUUCCCCACACCACUGCGAGGCCUUUUGGGGACUGCAGCUUUUCUUUCUGUUCAUGGAUGAUAAUAGUUAUACUGUUUUGUUGUGCUCAGAGUUUGUGUUCAUCCUGGGUAUCCAUCCUACACCCCCUCAAUACCAAUGUGAACUGAUGAGACAAGUGCAAGACUGAUAUAAAAGUACUCAUAGGAAGCAGUGUCCAAAAGAAAGACUGGAGAAUAUAUACAAUAUAUAAAAAAAUUACCCUGAAAUUGUAGUUGUGGAUCGGUUGGGAGCUCCCAGGCAAGGGGCAACCCAAGGCACCGAUUAGUUAUGUUAAUGUUGACACCGGCUUUCAGUCUCUGCAAAAAGUAGCAAUAUAAGACUAAAAAAAUAAAAAAUAAGCUUAAAUAUGAUGUAAAAGUGCUGUAUACACUUAAUAUGACAAGUUUGCAAUGUGUGUAUUUUUAUCACUCAUUCAUUUCACAUCAGAUCAAAAUGUUAAUGUGGAACUUGUCAAUCUUUAUAUACAUUGUACAUUUGUUAAGUUGCCUAUCCAAAUUCUAAAUGUAUAAUUGUUCGAGCAGAUAUUGAGUUAGUUGGUUAGAUUGUUUGCAAAGUUUAUACAGCAUAUCAUGUUUAUAUUGGUAUAAUGUAAUGGCAACCACGCCAUUUGUUUUCAUAGGUCAAUACCUCUAGCUAACUCUCCAUGUUGUUAAUUGCUUGGUGACUGUGAACCUGGUUAAUCCCAACGGUGGCGCCGACAUAUUAUUUAAAAAAGACUUAUUUAUUUUGGAGUGACUUUAUUUUCCACUUAUACGGUUGGCCACGCGAUGCUUGAGGGACGCUAACUGUUGGGAUGAACCAAGCUUCCUACAGCUGUUAUCUCUUGUUAAAAGAAAUUACCUCUUGAUUCCGAAAAGAUGAUUUAGUAGGGUUGUAUUAUUCAUCAUAGAAUUUAGAAAAAAAUACAAUGGAAGCAGAGUCAGGUUACACUGGCGACGCAGAUCCUAGUUUUAUCAUAAUUAGGGCAUUAUUUUGUAAUUAUAACUUGCUUUACGUAAUGAUUCAACACUGCAGUGCGGGACUUGAGCCUUAUUUGUUUAUUGAGAGUCCCAGUGUGUUGGUCAGUUCAGAAAGCGUGAACUGGCCAGGUGUUGCCAAGGGAGCGUCGAGGUGAGGCAAUAGUGCCGCGGGCGAGGCUGCCGGGCCCGGCGGGUCUGGCGGGACAGUCGCCCACACCAGCCAGCAUAAUGUGAUGUGCUAUAGCGAUGGUGGUUGAGCCAGGCAGCUGGUACAGGAAAAGUACCGAGCAGUAAGGUCAAAUGUUUUCUGGCUCCCAUGAACAAGUCUACUUGAAGCAAAUGAACCACCACCACAAGUCUACUAAGCUCAUACUGACAUCUUUUUAUCAUCUAUGCAAUAAGGCAGUAAUAUGAAAUAAAAACAUUUCACAUUAACAA